AUGUCUGUUGUUUCAGGUUAUGGGGACAUCUAUCCCGUCACCCUGCCUGGUAAGGUGGCUUGUGUCUUCUACGCCAUGGUGGGCAUCCCUCUUAUGCUUCUGGUCAUCCUCGAUGUUGGAGACUUCCUCGCUAUGGGGAUGUCUACAGCCUACAUCCGUGCUCACACCCUGUCCAAAAACCUCUUCUCCCGCACCUGGUCCCCAUGGAGGACUGAGCAGAGAGACUCGAGGCGCCAGGUCCUGGAGGAUGGCACUUUUGUCUUCAGCCAUGACGUUGUGAUCCGCGAGCCCCUCGACAUCCGACAGGUGCUCCGCAGCCAGGCGGAUGUGCGGCACAAGUCCAUCCAGCUUCAAAACAACAAAGAGAUUUUUGAAAAGAUUCUUGCCAGAGAGAAUUUGCUGAGGGAGGGUCCACUGCUCAGGACGCUGUCCUGCCCAGAACUUGAUCGUCUGUCACCACCACCCAAAGGAUUUGCCAUGUGGGAUUUCACAGGAUUAGGAGAUGAAAUGGAAACACUGAAUGUCCCCUUUGUGCUCAUUCUUUUCAUCGUCUUUGCCUACAUUUGCUUUGGGGGCUUGAUUCUGCCCAUAUGGGAAACUGAUUUUAAAAACUUUGAUUCCUAUUACUUUUGCUUCAUCACCCUCACUACCAUUGGUUUUGGUGAUAUUAUGCCCAAACACCCCAACUUCUUCAUGCUCACCUCGCUGUUCAUCAUUGUCGGCAUGGCUAUCAUGCCCAUGGCUUUUAAACUGAGCCAAACACGAAUUGUAAGCUGUUACCGCCAAUGUGUCAAGUUCAUCAGCAGAGGAAAUGUGGAAACCUUUCGGAACAGCAAGAAGGAGUAGGCCACCGAGAGUCUCUGCCUCACUCUCGGUUCUGAAACAGGCCCAUAUCAGGAGCCAGUAGGAGUUGCAUGCCUUUUCCUUACAAGCAUGAGUAAAGGAAAAAGUUGCAUGUGCCCUUCACGAUUGCUGAAGGAGGUUUACAUUUUCACAGCUGUAGUAAUGAUGCUAAACGUUUGUUUCUACAUAGAGACGGUGAAUCACCAGGAGUUUUCCGUGUUGUUGUGGUGGCCUUAUACAUCAAUUAGCUACACAUAAGUUAUUAAUGUGAUUGGGAUUUAGGGAAUUGGACUGGAGACUGGCUAAGCCACUCCAUGACCUUAAUCUGCUUCUUCUGCAGCCAUACCUUUGUUGCCUUAGUGGUAUGUUUCAGGUCAUUGUCCUGCUGGACGACCCACCGUCUUCAGUGUUCUGGCUGAGGGAACAGAGAUGCACGUCAAACAUAUAGAAAGAAGAAUCACAACAACAGUUGUCAGCUUCUCACCUGCCUUACACAGGUCUACAGUCUUGUCCGGAGGUCUUUUGGCAGAACCUCUUGCCCUUGUUGUU